AUGCUUUCGCAAGACUCUUUCGACGAGGCUAAACAAGAUGGCCACCAGCCACCACUACCGUCCAAUUUAGACCAUACUGCUGAGGCCUCAUUCGAACAUCGGGAAGUGCCGUCAGUCCAACCGGGUGUGACCGCUGAGUCCCCUUUCAUGGAAUCUACCCCUUCACAUCCAAAGCCCCACUCGGUGACAUCUUGUCUUGAGCGGAAGCCGCUAGCCAAGCUAUGCGUGGGCAAGCCCUUUAAGGGUAAGGAGGUGCUGCGGCCCAUUACCUACUUUCCAAUAAGCGUUGAGGUUCUUGUGAAAAACGAUGGACACUUCACCGCCCCUGAUGUGCCGAUGGGCUCACACCACCGCCACAUCAACAUGGGCAUCAAGAGAAAUGAGUGGACCCGCAACAGCUGUGCGACGGUGGAGCGGCGCUAUAAGGAGCUGAUGGAGCUUCGUGAAAUUCUAAUGCAUCAGUUUCCCAAUAUUGUUAUCCCACCUUUGCCAGACAAAGACAGUGUGAAUCACAUCGAGACGUACUUCAAUGCUGAAGAUCAACUAUCGAAGCAGCGCUGUAACAUGCAGUUCUUUCUCAGUGAGAUCGCUGCAAUGCCGGAAAUUGUGUUUUUCUCCGAGUGGAUACCGUCUUUUUUCCUAGACGCACGCGAAACGUUCGAGACCAGCACACUAAUUCGCAUGCGCGCUACACUCAAUGAAAUGCGUCUCGCUAACAAAACUGUUGACCAAUUCAAGCAACGAAACUGUACCUUCGUUGAAUACACAACAAAUAAAAUAGCCAAAAAAUCAACGAAAAUCGUGCGCUCCUUGGCAGGUUUACUGUGGGGAGAUGAUGCUGAGAGUGUGGUUCACGGCGUCGACCACCGGUCCAGCGCCCUCCCCAGCCAGAACGAGCGCUGGUCAGCCUUGCCCAUGGAUCUACAGGAAGACGCUAAGGCAUGGGAGGCGAUUGCUGAGGUUCUGGAUAGGCGACAAGGGUUCUUCAGAAAGGCCGCAAAGGGUUUUGAGGCCUUUCUCAACUCCAAAAACAACUGUAAUGCUGAGCAGAUCAAAACCGCCUCGGCUAUGAUGGAUUACGAGGCAACACUACGGAAGGCAGAGUGUUUUUCGCAGCUCGCUGAGCAUUUCCAUAACGCAUCAAGUAUGUUGAGUGAUAUCGCGGAAAAAGAGCGACAACUCGCCGACAAGCGCUACCUUAACGUGUGUAUGAGGCUGCGCUUUGAAUAUAGCUAUAUCGAUUCAGUUUUGAAUGCUAUCGACCACGUCCUGAGCAUGUACCGAAGUCUUGCCAGCGACGUGUAUGACGUCAAAGAUGCCUUCUAUUUCAACAACUUAAAAUAUACUAGGGCCAUCAGUGAAGGACUUAUGCGUGACUAUAAUGAGCGCUACAGACAGUACUAUGUUCAACGGAUGCGCAAUUUGCUGUCCGAGCAGAUUGCGAGGCCCACCCUCGAGCUAGCUUCUGUCAUUGAAGAGACCAUGCAGCGUGCUCCUUUUUUGAGUUCUAUAAGGCAAAAUGAUUUCAUGAAUUGUUGA